AGUCCAUUUCUCAUCUUCCCGUCGUCGCAAGUCUUCAAAAACCAAAUUUUUUUCUCCCAAGUUCCCUUUCCUUUCCCUUCUUGAUUGUUUGAUUCCUAAGAAGAUUUCCCUUUCUUGUUUCGCUUGAUCUUCUCUCCUCUGGAGGUUUGUAGAUCCGAUCGUUCCGGUGCCUGUCUUAUACCAUCUACGCUGAGCCAGAGUCACUACUGGCUCGUUAGAAAGCUUCAAUGAUGGACAGUCAGCGAAGCUUUUGGCAACUGGGGGAUGAACUACGUGGACAGUCUGGUUCCUCUUCGGAGGAUCAGAAAUGGUUGAUGGCUGCUUCGAAAUUGGCUGAACAGACUAGAUCUAAGGGCUUAAGAAUGAACAACCUCGAUCCCACUAAGACCGCCAUGGAAAUGAAACCGACAGAGAAAAUUGGGUUCCAGGAAGAUAACAAGUUUGAGAGCUUUAAUUUCGGGAUGUUGAGUUUGGAUUCUAAGCUGAACGAGCCUGUCAACAAGGCUGGCUAUUUGAAUGGUUUAUAUAACGCGAAGACGUUGUAUCAGAAAGGCACUGGAAACGUUAAUGUGGUUGUUGGAGGUAAUAUUUCCAGCCCUAAUGGCAGCCUCACUAAGGUAGUAAACAACAACAACAAGAACAACAACAAUAACAACACUAAUAGUAGUAGCAGCAUCAACAAUAGUAACAAUGCUGCUGAGAAACGGUUUAAGACAUUGCCUUCAGCGGAGACGCUUCCAAGAAAUGAGGUGCUUGGUGGUUACAUAUUUGUGUGUAACAACGACACAAUGCAGGAAGACCUGAAGCGACAGCUUUUCGGUUUGCCGCCCAGAUAUCGCGAUUCUGUAAGGGCCAUAACACCGGGUUUGCCUUUGUUCCUGUACAAUUAUGCUACUCACCAGCUACACGGGAUAUUUGAGGCUGCCAGUUUUGGGGGAACAAACAUUGACCCAACAGCAUGGGAAGACAAGAAAUGUAAAGGUGAAUCAAGAUUUCCUGCACAGGUGCGGAUCCGUGUAAGAAAACUCUGCAAGGCGCUCGAAGAAGAUGCUUUCAGGCCUGUUCUGCAUCAUUAUGAUGGUCCCAAAUUUCGUCUUGAGCUCUCCAUACCAGAGACCUUGGCAUUGCUAGACUUGUGUGAACAAGGAGGAAACGAAUGAUGUUCUGUAACAUCUGGAACUUGUUUGAAUUCCAAAACAAAUUCUCAUGGUGUGGUGAGAUCUGGUUGACAUAUUUUGUGAACCUCUUGAUUUUUGGCAAAGGCAGAAGCUCGAGGGUUGUCUGUUCAAAGUAGUAUGUUGUAUUGUUGUUUUAGCAGAGUAGGAGGAUGCUCUACUGGUCAGGGGUGGGGGAUGUGUGGACUGUGGCCACUGGGGUUGGGGGUUAGCAAUCUGUUAAAUGUAUAAUGCAUGGGAAAAGGUCAAGACUUCCGAAGUUGGAAGAGAAUGGCCAAAACCCCCAAAUUGUGUGUAUAAAGUUAUGGUCUAUGAGAUGAGUCACAAGACACAAGUGGAUCUUCGUGGAUGUCAUCUUUUAUUGUUGGCCUAUUUAAGCUAUAUGAGAGACCAUGGUUUUUGGUUUCA